CCACAGCUCUCUCUCUCUCUCUCUCUCUCUCUCAUCGCCGGCAUCUGCUUGCGGCGUCGCGGAAUUCGAAUUCAAAUUCGGAUCCUCUCUCUCUCUCUCUCUCUCCGUCGCACGCGGCGAGCGGAGCCGACCGGCGGACCUGAUCGACAGGAUGCUGCAGAAGCCGGAAGCCAUUGAGGAGGAGGCCGAGGCGCCCAAGUUGGCGGUGGUGAUAGGCCCCGAGCUAGGGUUCUGGGGGGCCGCGCGGCGGCGGCUGGCCCCCGACGACCCCUUCUUCGCCGCCGGGGACCUCGACCGCGAGCUCCUCGCCAAGCACGUUGCCCUGGAUCUCUCGGAAGAUGACUGGAAUCAUCUUGAGAAGAUGGACGUAGCCAGCACGUGCACUGUGUUUUGCCCAAUUGCUGGUUGUGGUUCACAGCUAGAUUGCUUGGAGGACUUUGAGGACCACUAUAUCACUCGACAUACUGCUUCAUGCUCUGUAUGUUCAAGAGUUUAUCCAACUUCAAGGUUACUGAGCAUUCAUGUUUCUGAGGCGCACGACUCGUAUUUCCAAGCAAAAGUUGCCCGUGGUUUUCCAAUGUAUGAGUGUUUAGUGGAGCGUUGUGGGGUGAAGUUGAAAAGUUACAAAAGUCGGCAGCAGCACCUUGUUGAUAAGCACCAGUUUCCCAAGUCAUUUGAGUUUUUCAAAAAGCAUCGGCCCUCCCAGCGGCAGCGGCAAAAGUCCCAGAGGAGGCAAACUGCUCGCAAGGGAGAAGAGACAAGGGAUAAUUUGAUGGAUGUCGAUGGAAAAGGGCAAACGAAUUGGAGAUAUCGACCGAAACAACAUGAUGACAAAGAGUCAAAAGAAAACGAACAUCAUCAUAAGGAGGCCAAAGAAAAUGAAAUGGAGGUUGACAAGAAGAUUGAAGAGCUCACUGACGCUGUGUCAAAGUUGAGCACAGCAGAUUCCACACCUGCAACUGUGACCUUUGGCCACCAUCGCUCUCGUGGUUUUACGUUUGUUCCAAGGUCAAUCAGGCAGAACAAGCAGGCCUCCCAGCCUGAAGCAAAAUGACUAACACAUCAUUUGGUCUUUCGAUGGUUGCUGAAUCUGGCUAUGUACGAUUAAUUUUGUAUGGAUGUUUGAUCUUGAAUGUUGUUCUGUACGUGGACGCUCAGGUUUCCAGUAAUAUUCUGGUAUCCCAAGGAACGUUUUUCCUUGUCUGUAACGAAGUUUGCUAUGACGAUGUUACU